CGGCUUCAGCCUAAAGAAGGCCGGAUCUUCCUUGUCGCAUACCCGUACGGGGUUUGAUGACGUCUAAUUCUUGCGUCCUCAACAUGCUGCGCGUUUCGGGGCUGGGGUGGACUCUGGUCUCCUUGCAAGCAAGGGGCGCUCUGGUGCUGCAGCAAUGGCAUUUGCCUCGUUUCCUUCAUGCUGGCAUUCCUGUCCUGGCAGCAAAAGAAGUGCUGAUGAAACUUAGGAAGAAAACUGGCUAUUCCUUUGUGAACUGCAAGAAAGCCUUGGAAAAAUAUGAUGAUAAUUUUGAAGAAGCUGAAAUCUGGCUGCACGAACAAGCACAGAAGGAGGGAUGGAACAGAGCAUUGAAACUUCAAGGUCGGAAGACAAAAGAAGGUCUAAUAGGGGUGCUUCAAGAAGGUAGCUCAGCAGUAAUGGUAGAGGUAAACUGUGAGACCGAUUUUGUGGCCCAAAAUGUUAAAUUUCAACAGCUGGUUCAGCAAGUAGCGAUUGGAACAAUGAUUCACCAUAAGGAGACCAUAGACCAAUCAAACACAUAUGCUAAGCGUCUCUUAAAUUCUGAUGAGCUUUCUCAAGUCAGGACAGGACCAGAAGGAUCAUUGCUUACUGACCAACUUGCUCUGGCGAUAGGCAAACUUGGUGAGAACAUGGUUGUUAAGAGGGCAGCAUGCAUAUCAGUGCCUGAGAAUUUCUUCAUCGGCUCUUACGUACACGGGUCACCCUCAGAAAGCAGCUCGUUGCUUUCCAACAUGUUAUUUGGCAGAUAUGGUGCCAUGGUGAUCUGCAGUUCCUCGGAGGAAGACCCAAAGUCCGACAUGACGGAAAUGAGUAGGAGGCUGGCCCAGCAUGUGGUAGGUAUGGCCCCUCUCUCUGUGGGCUCUCUGGAAGACGAACCUGGAGACGAAUCCGAAACAAAGAUGCUUGCCCAGCCGUACGUUUUGGAGCCAACUAUUUCCUUGGGACAAUACCUUCAGCCGACUGGUGUAUCUGUGUUGGAUUUUGUGCGAUUCGCAUGUGGAGAAGAUCCAGAGUUGUCCGAAUUGAGCUAGUUCCCAAUUCCGCUUGGGCUUGGGAGCGAUUCACAGAAGUAGCUGGUAAUGCCAGUAAUGCUAUGUCUAAAGCCGAGAAUGGAAAACGUUGAAUGUCUUUCGAAAACUCAGAAAUGGCUUUUGUGGAAUGUGACCGACAAAAUAUGGCAGACAGAUGUUAAUGUAACAAAUAAAGUAUGAGUUUUAGUAAUAGUAAUGGCAAAUGUA